AUGAUGGUGACCCAGGGCUAUGGUCGAUGCGUAGCCUUACGUUUCCCUGGUUAUUGGACUUUUGGUUGUACAGUCGGUCGAGGUAUUAGGAGGUUUUAUAGUAUGAGGCGUGGGGAAGGACCGAAGGUGGAACUACGGUUCCUAAUAUCGACCAAAGCAGCGGGUGUAAUAAUAGGGAAAGGGGGUGAAAAUAUUAAAAAAAUUCGCGAGGAGUAUUCCGUUAAAGUUACCAUCCCCGAUAGCAACGGCCCUGAGAGGGUCUUGGUUCUGGAUGGCGAUCUCGGCUCAGUCAUCGAAAUAUUCAGAGAGAAUCUUGAAAAGAUGCAAAGUAACCGCGAUGAUGGAGUUGAUUUACGUUUGCUUGUACAUCAAAGCCAAGCUGGAUGUGUUAUUGGAAGGGCUGGGUAUAAAAUCAAAGAAUUACGAGAGCAAUCAGGUCUUCAUACUCUCAAAGUUUAUCAGAUGCUGUGUCCAUGCUCUACUGACAGGGUAAUUCAGUUGGUUGGGGAUGUGGGAAAAGUACUUGAUUGUCUCCGUUCUAUAGCUGAACUUCUUGAGGGUGCUCCACCUAAAGGCUCUCGCCAGAACUACGAUGCACGAAAUGCAGAUGAAUUUAUUUCUCCUGAGUAUGGAGGUUGGGGAGUAGGUAAUCAAGGUCCUGGAUUAAAUCUAGUCCGUAGUAGGAACAAUGUUGCGAAUACGAGUUACCCCCAUAACAAUAUACUCACAACUGGGAUUUUCGGCGGGGGUGCUUCUGGAGCAACAGGACGCAAUGGUGGACAAACGACCUCUGUUAGUCAAGCACUAGCUGGAGGUCUUCCUCACGCAUCAGCAGCAGCCAUGCUUGCUGCGACUGGUGGUCAGACAACUGGCGGACCCAACCCUGGUACGGCAGGAGAUGCUGCUGCUGCUACAGCUGCAGCAAUGGUAGCUGCGGGAUUGAUGAGAGGGAUACCCAACCGUAUGGCUAUGAGUAUAUUAACUCCGACUACUAGCACUCAGGUCUCCGUGAGUAACAAGAUGAUAGGUGCGAUCAUGGGCAGGUCCGGUUGUCGCAUAAAUCAAGUUCGUCAUGAGUCAAACGCUGACAUUAAAAUCAGUAAGCAGGAACCCGGUGUUGAAGAUCGUAUUAUUACAAUAACUGGCACUCCGGAACAAAUUCAGAACGCCCAAUUUCUUCUUCAAAUGUGCGUUAAACGAUAUGGUGAUCAAAUCUGA